CAGUACAAAUAACUAUGCAUGAUUUGAUCUUACAUUUGAUUAAGUUGUGGCGCGGCUCCCUUCUCAAAGGCCCAUCGCGAGGUCGGUCAAGUAUUGUAUAUAUAGACAUCUUAGGUAGACCGAAUGCUUGCGGAAAACGUAUCCCCUCUGGGGGAAAAUUACGGGAAGUGCCAACAUAGAGUAUUACUUAUAUUCCUGGCACAGACGAAUACAGUUGGAUCGUCGUGUUUACGAACAGGAAGCUUGCAUCCCUCUAUCUCUGUGGCCAAGUGUAGCGGUGUGGGUCCCGUCAAGCUUCCCCUCGAUCCUUUGCACAAGGUGGCCUUUAUACACUGCGAUAAGCUUAUCAGCUUGAAUACAUGUUGAAACCACGACGUAUUACUCUGUCAUGGUUUAUGCAUAAUGUACGAUGUAUGUAAAUGAGCUUCAGCAGGGCAGUCGCGUUGGAAUUAUCACGAUGGCCGUUUGGAGGGGUUCCCGUAGUUCUGGCGGACCAGUGCCAUGAAUUGCAGGAUAGCGUACUGGAAGCGUCGGUUCAAGUAGCAUCACAAAUGUCCCACUAUGGCUUAAAUGGUACUAUGCGUUUCGGCUGGUUGAGUAGGCCGGAAGGAGAGUGCACUUCUGUAUGAGGAGUGGCCUCAUUCCACCUGAGCCAAUCAAUGGGUUGGACGAUCGUAGUGGUAGUGCCGUGAAAUGUUCUUCCCCAAGCCGACUUGUAGUGAAUAGAACAUCGGAAGCCGAAGGUGAAAGGAUCGUUCCAACGUCCGAGUCUCCGAAACAAAAGGUGGCGUCGUGUCUGGGCAUACGAAGAGAUCAGUGCAUCGCGUGCAGACUUCCUGUUUUCCUGGCGGAGAAGCUGGUCGUGUCCCGUGGCACUUAUCAUCGUACUUGUUUUCGUUGUGCUCGCUGCAACAAUCAAUUAACACUUGGCAAUUAUUACGAGACCGAGGAAGGUCAAUUCUGCUGCGAAACGUGCCCUGACGAAGACGCCUCGUCACCCGCGACGGAAAAAUACAAGGCCGCAAUGUUAAGUGAAACAUCCGAGAACAUAGAGGAUAACGACACCACCGCCGAGUCAAGCUAUAAAGAUUGUUACGGCGAGAAAAGCACGGAUGGAAUGCUUAGUUACAGUUCUAUGCAAAGUCUAGGGUUCCCAGAUCCCGCUAUUCCCGACGUGGUCGCACAAACCUCUCGAUUAAGACUGAAUUUCAUAUCGAAUCACCUGCUCUCGGAAAAAGAUAAAGAAGCAGACAUCGUCAGCGACUCUCUGGUGAGCAGCGAUUUGAGCGCUGUCGAAACGGAAAUGACAAACGGAAAAGAGGAUGAAUAUAAUUGUUCUAGUGGUUCCUCGAGACCUGAACUUCAAUUUGAAAGAGGCACGAUUGAAGAAAAUCAUGGUGAGGAUCACACGAAAGCGAAGGACUGCGUAAAUGAUAGUUUAAGUAGUAACGCGACGGAGGAGGAGCGUAAAUUAAUUGGCACUCUAUCUGUAGUUAAGAAUGAAUCGGUUAAUUCAAUUACUAGAAUGAACAAUGCGAAAGAGCUGUCGGGUCAUACCAACGGGAGCGAAGACGCGGAUAAUUGCCUGUCUCUAGUUCAAAGAAGGCUGAAGAUGUUCGAAAGUCAGGAUAGGGUAGACCAUACCGAGAGAAAAAAGAACGAGCAUCAAAUUAUCAACGUAUUAGAAUCUAAAGCUCAGAAUAAGCAGCAUGUAGAAGUAACAAACAAUGGCCAUACAGAUUUAACGAUUGAUCAACAGAAAAGUGAUGUGAAAGUUCCAGAAAGUAUUGUAGCCAGUAGUCCUACCGAAAGUUUAUUAAGUUUUAAUAGAAUAAGUUGCAGUCAAUCGAAUUCGAAGAUCGAUGACACAACCGAUAGCGAUGCAAGCUCUUUGCCGAGCGGUACUAACAAUAUUAACGUGAAGGAAACACAAAAGAGCGCAGAUACUAUGGAUGCAUCUGAAGUACCUUCGUUAUACAUGGAUAAAGAAAGUAACGAAGAUAAAGUACCUGAUACUAUUGCAAAAGAGAUUAAUGAAAUUCACGCAGCAAACGCGGAUUCAGGUGUAGAGAAAGAUUAUCCGAAAGACUUGAAUCCCUUUAAAAGUGACGAAGAAGAAGAGAAUGUGGAUAAGAGUCGAACGAGUGUAGAAAAUUUCAAAGCUACCAAAGAUUCAACGAAUCCCUUCGAUAGCGAUGAUGACUCCCCAGACCAGGAGGAGAACAAGCCACAGAUUGGCACACCACCAAAACCGACCACAAGAAGCAACGUUAACAACAGCAAACAUAAACAACAGAUUCUUAUGGAAAUACAAACAAGAAGACGACUGAUUGCACCGCAAAUUAAUUUGAAUUCCUUUUCGAGCGACGAGGACGAUCACAAUAGCGAUUCAGAGUAUCAUGGGGAAAGAUUUAAGACUAUGCCUGUUCCUAAACCGCGCACCAUUAGGCAUAUUCAAGAAAUAGGACUAAGUCGCAGUAGUUUGUCGACGUCAAAUGGUUCUUUAACAAGUUUAGAAUCUGGAAGCGUAACUCACGGAGCAACCACUAGAAAAAAGAAGCCAGCCCCAUUGCCACCAAACCUGAAGGACACAGGUUUUUCCAAUCAACGUACAUUAACGCGCCAAUCGCACAACAAUUCUGCUGAUAAUCACGAGUCAUGUCCACGCACAACCCCUAAGACGCGCAAAACAAAACCUGCACCACCUCCACCACUGAGAAGCAGCAGUCCAUACAACACACCUGUUAAAGGAACUUUGACUUUCAACGAGUCUCCAAUAGUUGCGUCACGUAAAAUGAACCAAGACGCAUCGGAAGAUAAAAAGACCAACAAGGAUGAGGCAAACAGGAACAAACAAAGUUUGAUGCAUAUACCAUGCGGAGAGAGUUUCGAUUACAAAUCGUACGUAGACAAAAGUACUCAAGGAAAGUGGAAGAGAAAGAAGGGCCCGGCUCCACCUUGUCCAAUGCCAUAUAAAAGAAAGGUAAAAAUAUUGUCCCUGGAGGACGUCAAAUUAGAAUUAGAUGAAAUUGAAAUGCAACAACAGGGCUUGGAAAAACAAGGAGUGCGACUAGAACAACUAAUUAGACAUAAAUGCGAAUCUGGACUUAAUACUGAUGAUGUAUUUCCUGGCACAGAUGUAGAAGAAUUAGUUCUAGAAUUAUUUGCCUUAGUAAAUGAGAAGAAUGAAUUGUUCAGGCGACAGGCGGAGUUGAUGUUACUUCGAAGACAACAAAGAUUAGAGGAAGAACACGUCGAAGUGGAAUACCAAAUUCGAUGUUUAAUGUCGCAGAACGAAUCUACAAAGACGGACUUUGAUAAACAGAAAGAAGAAAUAUUGAUACAGAGACUUAUAGAAAUUGUCGAACGACGGAAUGAAAUUGUCGAAUGUUUGGAAAUGGAUCGUCGCCGAGAAAUAGAAGAGGAUAGAAGUAUACACAAACACAUGGAUUUGUUUGCUGCCAAGAAAAAGAACGAGACAUCGUGUAACGAAAUAGAAGAUCCCUCAAGUUCGAAAACAAAGAAAGGCAAGUUAAAAAAAAAAUUGAAGGAGAAGAAAUUCAGUAGGUCAUCUAAAAAGGAUAUCGAUAAGGAUAUAGACGAGACUGAGUUAUCCCUCAAACGUAAUACUAAGCGAAAAUGGUUUUAAGGUGCAUCUCUUACUUAAGUUAAAAACUGUCCAUACAAUUACUCAAUGUCAGUCUAUAGAAACUAUUACCUCGAAUAAGUUUUACAUUAAAUGUUUCACAAUACAUAUUUAAAUUUCGAUAAUCUAUAUUUUAAUUAAUCAGAAACCCACUAAAACUAUUUUCUGAUUAUAUCACAAAUCUGUCCUUACAACAUUCUACGACUUAAAACUAACACAUAUUGCAGUAACCGUAUCUUUUUAUCUUCUAUUUUAUUUAUAGGUCUCUUAAAAUAAAGACGAAAGCUAACAAUAACA